CUGAAUACAUGAUGAGUUUAAUCAUGGCAUCUUUUCUCUCCGCAGCUCUGCUGUUGCUGGUUCCUGGGAUCCUGACUGAAAAGUCUUCCAUUGAGUUGGUGGUGGUCAACAGCAUCUCAAACACACCCAAUCAGACCUACAGUACUGGUGUGGCAUUCAGAGGGGUCCUUAUCGGUGCCAUGAGAAGGCUGCAGGGGACCAAUGCAGGAUUCAAUUUCACCUACACAGAGGACCGCAACUAUGGUCCCUUCCUGGUGAGUGUGAAUGGUGUAGCCGGGAACAAUACUGAAAACACUUUCUGGGAGCUCCUUGUUCAGACUGGGGGGAAUGGGACCACAAUCACACCUGAUGUGGGUAUUGGCUGUUACAUCCCUGAACCAAAUGACCGCAUCAUCCUAAGAUUUACUGCGUUCAACUCGAGCUCGCACUCCGUGAGUGGCAACAGUUCGAAUCCUGGGAACCUGACAGCAGGAAACACUUCCAGACUAGAUUCCAUUGAGCUGGUGGUAGUCAACAACAUCUCAAACACAACCAACAAGACCUACAGUACUGACAUCGCAUUCAGAGGGGUCCUUAUCGGUGCCAUGAGGAGACUGCAGAUCAAUUCAGGAUUCAAUUUCACCUAUACAGAGGACCCCAACUAUGGCCCCUUCCUUGUGAGUGUGAAUGGUGUGGCUGGGAACCUUACUGAGAAAACCUUCUGGGAGCUCCUGGUUCAGACUGGGGGGAAUGGGACCACAAUCAGACCUGAUGUGGGUAUUGGCUGCUACAUCCCAAAACAAAAUGACCGCAUCAUCCUGAAUUUUACAAUGUUCACCACAAACUCCGCGAGUGGCAGUGGUACGAAUCCUGGUGUGUUGUUGUUUUUGGUGUGUUUGUUUUUUGUUUUCUAAUCUAAGCUUAACCCUUGCCUCAGUGACUACCAUACAUAACCCUAAAACACUAACUAACCCCAUACCUUCGUCACUACCUGUCACGUUCCUGACCUUAUUUCCUUUGCAUUUACAUUUACAUUUAAGUCAUUUAGCAGACGCUCUUAUCCAGAGCGACUUACAAAUUGGUGCAUUCACCUUAUGACAUCCAGUGGAACAGCCACUUUACAACAGUGCAUCUAAAUCAACAGUGCAUCUUUGUUUAGUCUUUGUUUAGUUGGUCAGGACGUGAGCUGGGUGGGCAUUCUAUGUUUUGUGUUUCUAUGUUGGGUUUGUUGUUUGGCCUAAUAUGGUUCUCAAUCAGAGGCAGGUGUUUGUCAUUGUCUCUGAUUGGGAACCAUAUUAAGGUAGCUUGUUUUCACUGUUUGUUUGUGGGUGGUUGUUCCUGUUCAUCUGUUCUGUGUUCCCAUGUUCAGGACUGUAGCGGUUUCUUCUGUCAGUUUUUUUUUUUUUUUCGUCGUUUAAGUAUUUCCCAUUAAAUAUGGAUUAUCAUCACGCUGCAUUUUGGUCCUCCUCUCUUUUACCCGAAGACAGCCGUUACACUACCAUACCACACCUUAAGUCACUAAUUAACCCCAUACCUAACCCUAAGUCACUUACUAACUCAUUAGCAGGGAAGUUCACUUGCUUAAUACAUCUAAAUCGGCAGAUAAAUAUGUGGGUUUUUGUUAUUUUCUGUGAUAGUGAUUUUCAACCAGUGUAAAAGUUAUUCUGUGAUCAUGUUGGAACAGACAGUAGCUCUUGAUCAAUACUGUUUUGUGAUUUGAAAAUGUGCCACAGUUUGUUUUACAAUUUGUCAUUCAAUUAAAAAAACAUG